UAUAUGUACUUGUAUAAACAGAUAUCAUCAAAUCAAAUAAAAAUUCUUCAUUCUCUAUCUCUCUGAUCAAUGGAAAACUCCAUUGUUGCUCUGCAAAGCUCAGGUCUGAUUCACGCGACCAGGAGAUCUGAGCCUCUGAAUUGGAACCCUAUUGCAAGUCUCGGCAGAUCAAACCAGAGCAUCAAUGUAAUUGGAAGUAAUUGGAACAGUAGUAAUUCCAAAAUUAGGGUUCAUACUCAUCCCAAAACCCUAAAAAGAAACUUGUUCGUCGUAAACGCUAAUGUUGUUCCCGGAGCUCCAGUGCCGGCGCCUCCGAUGCCUUCUGGACCACCUUCUUGUAAUAAUCCCAUGAGUUGGGUUCUUGGAUUUGUGGUGUCAAUCAUCCUCCCAUUUUUCACCAACAAAUGGGGUCCACUGUGGGUUGUCAAAAAUAGGAUCGAAAAUGCAGUUCAAACUGUCGAAAAUAUUGUAGAGGCGGUCGAAAAAGUGGCGGAAGAAGUCGACAAGAUUGCAGAAGAUAUCGCCGAAGAUCUCCCACAGGGCAAGCUGAGAGAUCUUGUCGAGAUGGUCGAACAUGUGGCCGAGAAAACGGCAAAGACUGCCGAUUGCCUCGACAAUGUCAUCGAUAAGGUUCAGGAAGAUGUGGAAAAUGUGGAAGACGUGGUUGAGUCUAUAGCUAAUAAACCUAAGCAAAAUAUGGUUGAAUCUAUAGACAAACCUAAAUAUGAGUAAUUAUUUUAUUGUUUUAAUAAUAUAUAUAUAUAUAUAUAUAUAUAUAUUUCCAACAUUUUAACUUUCAUUGUAGAGUAGUUAUAAUAAUUUGUUUAUCCAUAAAUUGGUUCACACUUACCAUUUGUAAAUUGAAAUAUUCUUUUGCUAGCUAGCAUCAUCAUUAUAUAUAAAUAUAUUGUAAUAUUUUUCGACUUAAUUAAUCUUUUUUAUAAUAUACUGUGUUGUUGUAAAAAAAUCGCCACCGACGGCUUAAUCGAAAAAGCCUAUUGGAAUUGAUUUAAUUGUAGGAUUCCCCGGCCUCUUCAAGAAAGGAUACGAGCUAUCUCGCGAUAACCGAAAAAUUGAUGAAAAAAGAAGGUAAAAUAAACAAGAACGAAGCUGAAAAUUAAAUUGGAGUUAAAUUUCUAUUCGAUAUGCUCUAUUUAUUUGUUUAUUUUGAAUCAUGUUUGGAUAAGAUAUUAUUCAUAAUUAUUCUCAACAAUUCCAAUCACCUUCAUUUUCAUAUUCUUCUUUUAUCUGUUGACUGCUUCAAAUGCCCUGUAGGUGAAUCAUAUAGAGCAGGUGACCCAAGCCAUCGAGGUUUGAACCCAUCACCUGAGGCGUCCAAAAUUUGAAUCCAUAACCUUACUGUCAUUGUCCCGUCCCUUAUGGGACAACAAUAGUGCAUUCUUGGAACCUCAACAAAUGAGUAUUUAAAGAACCACGAAUAAAUAAAUACAUAAAUAAUUAAUGGAGCUCAAUCCGAGCCCAAAAUUAUUAUAGCGUUAGUUUCAAUGGGCUGAGCCAAGAUGGCCCAUUAACCAGACCUUUAAUAGUCCUCCAA